AUGUUACCAUUAGAAAAUCUUAAAAUUCGUGAUGUUGAAGGUGGUUUUAUGGCUAAACGACCACAAUUUGCAAUAUUUAACACUGAAGGAAAAAAUGUUUAUAAAGAACAUAAAACUCUUGAAUUAUCAGUUGAUAAUAGUGAAGAACUUGAUACAUGGAAAGCAUCAUUUUUACGUGCUGGUGUUUAUCCAGAACGUGAACAACCACCAGAAGAUCCACAAGCAGCAGCUGAAGUUGGUCCUGUUGAUCCACACAUGGAAAGACAAGUUGAAACGAUAAAUAAAUUAGUAACAUCAUAUAUGCAAAUAGUUGCUCGAAUGACACGUGAUUACAUUCCAAAAACAAUUAUGUAUCAUAUAGUUCAAAAUUUACAAAAAUUUGUUGCAAAAGAAUUAUUAGCACAUCUUUAUGCUGUUCCUGAUCCAAAAUCAUUAUUACAAGAAUCUGAAGAAGAACGACAACGACGAGAAUCAAAACUUGCAGAAUUUGAAGCGAUUAAGAAUGCUUUGAAUAUAAUCGAAAAUUUUCAAAUCAAUGCACGAAAAGUAGCUGGAUCAGUUAUGCCUGUAUCGGUAUUAGCUGCUGGUUUCUCAACGUUCUCAACGAAUACUAAUAACUAUGCACCAUCAACGGGUUAUUCGAGUAAUGCACUUGAUACUACUUUUUUUCAACCUUCAUAUGGAUUCAAUCGACCGCCAAGUCCAAAUCCUCAACGAAAACAGCAGGCGCCUACAAAUCCAACUUCGAGUACAUUUCCAACACGUGAACCGCCACCACCACCACCACCACUUCGUCCAAGUCCUGUGCCUAGUACAUUUGGUGGAAAUCCAUCAAAUUUACCGGCACCAAUUAUGCCACAGCGAGCUCAGAAUGCAGCGACAUCAUCAUCAUCACAAUCAUCAACUAAUAUGUUUCACGGAUUAGAUCCGUUUGCUGCACCUGUAUCAUCAUCUCAGUAUCAGAAUGGUACUUCAACCCCUCCAAUACCAGCGUAA